CUCAAAUCACCUCAGAAUACAAAGCAAAUUCGCCCUUAAGUCAGCUGAAAAUUGAAUCUGAUUUUAUACUGAAAUGCAUAAAGCACUAAGAGCCUAUGGGGAAGUUCUAAGGCUGGUGAGGCGGCUGCCGAAGGACACGAGACCUUACUAUGCCAAAUACGUCCGUGAAAACUUCGUUAAUUACAGAGAGGUUGAUCCGAAUGACGCCAACGCUGUUCAAGAACUCCUCAAUCGAACUUACACUCACUCCCUUUGGGUCCUCAAGAAGUAUUCAGUGGAUGAAGCUGUGGCCAAUAAGCUCAAGGAAAUUUGCAGCAGUUGAUGGUCAGGCUUGCACACAAUAUGUUUGCUUUUAUUCCCAGAAGACAAACACAAGCUCAUUUCUUAAAGAAAUUUUUUCUCCUAAUUUUAUUUGCAUGAUAACGUGAGAUGUUGAUCACAGCUGAUGGAUAAUUGAGACAAUUUUCAAUUCAAAAUAAAAAAUACGUAUUUUUCGCCCCUUUA